AUGGAGACUUUAGUACUGAUUCCCCAAGACCUGAGCUUGGCCUUGAGACCAGGUGGAGCGAGAGGGCGUGAGGCUUCGGUCAGCGUUUGGACGUCAGCUGAACUUCCUCGGGGGUCGUUGCUGUAUCCAUUCCAGGGUACCAUCAGGAUCGAUAAGCUACAUGUUUACACAUACGUGCCGGAUCAUGACAUCCGACAUCGGUUUGGUCUUUUCGAUGAAGUCUGCACCUCUGGUGGCGCCCAGGUCCGCCAUUGCAACUGGGUUCGAUUUCUGCGUGUGUCAGACAACUAUGGACCUCAAGUAAACCUAGUGUGCACGAAGGUGAAGGGAGAGCCAGUUUAUGAAGCAGUGAAGCCAGUAUCUGCCCACACGGAACUGGUUGUCUACUACUUGCCUGAAAGACCCGAAGAGAUGUUCUUUGUGAAGAUGAGGAAUAACCUGUAUAGACAAACGAUGGACUCAAUAUUAGAAGAUUCACCGUUAGAUUUAUCAACGUCUCUGCUUUCAAGAGUUCUUUUACCCAUAUCCCCACCAUCUGGACCAGAAGAUGAGCAUAAAUCUGUAUCAGGAGAUUCCCUGACUUCCUCAUCAGCAGGUUCAUCAAACGAACUGCUUGACAUGACACCAAAAAUCCAAAGAAGACCAGCUAAGUCUGAGAGGGCAUUAUUGCCUUGUGAAGUUUGUGGGAAAGCCUUUGAUAGACCGUCAUUAUUAAAGCGUCAUAUGAGAACACAUACUGGUAAGUGA